AUGCUGCUCCACCUCGUCACCUCCUCCUCCCCCCUAACCCCGGCACGCCCCUCGCCUCAGCGGCGUACGUGUGUCGCUGCCGCGGUGGUUGCAGUGACUGUGAGGUGCGCGGCCUCCUCCUCCUCCUCGGGCACCCCGUCGUCGUCUGCAUCGGAGACUGCUGCUGCCGGGCAGCAGGUGGUGAAGGUGCACAGCUAUGGGGCGGUGGAUUACGAGCGUCGACCUCCACUGCGUUGGAGCACCCUGUACCGGCGCAUAGCUGUGGGGCACGGCGGGCGGCCCGUGGGGCGCACGCUGGGGGCCUGGGACGAGGGGGAGCGCCGCCUCGACAAGUGGGAGCUCUGCCGCAUCGCCAAGGAGCUCCGAAAGUUCAGGAGGUUCAACCUCGCGCUCCAGGUUUACGAUUGGAUGACAGAGCGCAGAGAUAGAUUUUCUCUCUCAUCGAGUGACAUGGCAAUCCAGUUGGAUCUAAUUGCUAAAGUACGCGCCGUUUCACAUGCUGAGAAAUACUUUGAUGAGCUCCCUGAUGCCAUGAAGGACAAGCGGACGUAUGGUUCCCUUCUCAAUGUUUACGCCCAAGCUAUGAUGAAAGAGAAAACAGAAGACACAUUUGAGCAAAUGAGGAAAAAAGGAUUUGCAUCUGAUACAUUACCUUGUAAUGUGGUGAUGAAUUUCUAUGUGGAUUCUGGGGAACCUAAUGAAGUGUUGGCAAUUAUUGAUGAGAUGAAGGAAAGAAAUGUUUCUUUUGAUGUCUGCACUUACAACAUUUGGAUAAAGAGUUGCGCGGCUAAACAAGAUGCUGAAGAAAUGGAGCGAGUCUUUAGCCAGAUGAUUGCUGAUGAGUCUGUUGUUGCCAAUUGGACUACUUAUACUACUCUGGCUAGCAUGUAUAUUAAGCUAGGAAACUCUGACAAGGCAGAAGAAUGCUUGAAAGAUGCUGAAAAGGGAACAACUGGUCGGGAGAAAAAGUGUUUUCACUAUCUCAUGACACUCUAUAGCCAUCUUGGCAAGAAGGAAGAAGUUUACCGUAUUUGGAACUGGUAUAAGGCAACUUUCCCUAUGAUUCAUAACCUGGGUUACCAGGAGUUACUGUCUGCUCUUAUAAGGAUAGGAGAUAUCGAGGGAGCCGAGCUUCUAUAUGAGGAAUGGGCAUCCAAAAGCUCUAGUUUCGAUCCUAAGACCAUGAACAUUUUAUUAGCAUGGUAUGCUAAAGAAGGUUUGAUUACAAAGGCUGAGCAAACUCUGAAUCGAUUUGUUGAGAAAGGUGGAAAUCCCAAGCCAAACACCUGGGAAAUCCUUGCCACAGCCUACAUGAAGGAUGAUAAAAUGUCUGAAGCCCUGUCAUGUAUGGAAAAAGCCACAGCAAUUAAAAGUGCAAAUAAAUGGAAACCAAGGCCCACCAAUGUUGAGAGUCUCCUGGCAAGUUUUAAGGAGAAGAAUGACGCAGAAGGUGCAGACAGGUUAGUGAGUGUACUUACAAGUAGAGGAUGUGCUGAGGAUGAAGAAUACAAGUCACUGAUUAAUACCUAUGCUUUUGCGGGCACAUAG